UUACGUUAUCAUUACGUAAAGUAUACGAAACACAUGCGCUGCAAUGACUUUCAAACUAUUGACAACAAAUGUUAGCUGUCAGCUGGAACAAUCAUAACAACAUAAACAUUGGAAAAAAAUGUCUCAACAAAUUCGUCGUGAGGUAUUGAAAGCUUUUCGGAAACUCCAUCGAACAAGACAAUUGAUAUUUGCCGGCGAUGACAAUGCCUUGGCGUUGGGACGUAAUGAAAUCAAUUCACAUUUCAGGAAAAACAUGCAGGAGACCAAUGUGGAAGAAAUCAAAAAGAUGGUGAAACUUGCUUUGGAUGUGGAUAAAGAGUUACGCACAAAUGUCAUACAGGCUAAGAAGAAGGAUGAGGGUGUUUAUGAGUUACGUAUUACACCAGAAACAACCCGCCUGGAUAAUAUUGCCUUUAAUCCAGAUGCUGUGAUAGAACCACCUCGUCGUCGUAAAGGUCAACCUGCAACCGGCUGCUGUGGCGGUGGUGGUGCAGCAAACCAAGCUGCAGAAUCCUCAAAUCAAAAGCAAUAAUAAUAUUUAAAUUCUAGUUUAAUUGUUUGUUGUCUUCUUUAAUAAAGAUUUAUCAUACUAUAUUUUA